UUUACUGCUACAGUUAGUCAGUUAACAUUCACACUUUCUUUCUUCCUCAACGUAGAGUGAGAACAACUCAGAUUACCACACUCAAAUCAAACAUAAACCUAAAACCCAUCCCCUUUUGGUUCUUCUUCGUCGCAAGCUAAUUUAUCCCUUCGAUUUCAAUUCCAAUUUCAGUGGCAGAACCUUCCAAUCCCAAUGACUGACCCUUCCGAAGAGGCUGCUUACAUCGAGAAGCUCUACGAGUAUGGCGAGAAGCUCAACGCUGCCACCGAUAAGUCUCAGCAUGUGAAUGAUUACCAGGGAAUCAUAGAUGCGGCGAAGACGAGCGUAAAGGCGAAGCAGCUCGCCGCGCAGCUUAUUCCUAGGUUCUACAAGUUCUUCCCUGACCUCUCUGGUCCCGCCCUUGACGCCCAUCUUGAUCUGGUUGAGGCUGAAGAACUUGGGGUACGGGUGCAAGCAAUUAGAGGACUGCCUCUUUUCUGCAAGGAUACGCCUGAAAACAUUGGGAAGAUGGUUGAUAUUCUAGUGCAAAUUCUUGGGUCUGAGGAAUUCGUGGAGCGUGAUGCUGUACAUAAGGCUCUUAUGUCUCUGCUGCGACAGGAUGUGAAAGCUUCUUUGACGGCUUUGUUUAAGCACAUUGGGAGUGUUGAAGAGCCAAGUACAGAUGAAGUUAUUCGUGAAAAGGUUAUCAACUUUGUUCGAGAUAAGGUUUUCCCUAUUAAAGCUGAACUGUUGAAGCCCCAAGAAGAAAUGGAAAGACACAUAACUGAUCUCAUAAAAAAGAGUGUAGAAGAUGUAACUGGUAUAGAAUUUAGAAUGUUUAUAGAUUUCCUCAAGAGCUUGAACCUAUUUGGAGAGAAGGCUCCGCCUGAGAGGAUGAAAGAGCUGAUUGGAAUCAUUGAAGGGCACACACAAACUUGGUCAUUUUGGGUUUCCGAUGCAGAUCAUAUUGACAGGUUGAUAUCAUGCCUUCAUAUGGCACUUCCAUUUGUUGUGAGGGGUGCAUCUAGUAACAAAUUUCUCAACUAUAUAAACAAGUACAUAAUACCUGUUUUUGACCAGCUUCCUGGGGAACGGAAAGUAGAUUUGCUCAGAAGUCUUGCAGAAUUUUCACCUUACACAACACCGCAAGAUUCACGCCAAAUGCUUCCUUCUAUUGUUCAGUUGCUGAAGAAAUAUAUGACUUGGAAGAAGUCUGGGGAGGAGAUGAACUUUACAUAUGUUGAGUGCUUGUUGUACACGUUUCAUCACCUCGCUCACAAGGUUCCCAAUGCUACAAACAGUUUAUGCGGUUAUAAGAUUGUUACUGGUCAGCCAUCUGAUAGGCUCGGAGAGGACUUUUCAGAGCAAUACAAUGAUUUUACCGAGAGGUUGAAUAAUGUUGAGGAGUUCACCCGGGCCACGAUUAAGAAAUUAACACAAGGAAUGGCUGAAAACAGCAAAUCUAUGGCUGAUGCUAAAACUGAUGAAGAAAAGGAAAAAAUUAAAACUAAGAAACAGAAUGCUACAACUGGGUUGCGGACCUGCAACAACAUUUUGACCAUGACAAAGCCAUUGCAUGCUAAAGUGCCGACUUUCAUUGGAGAUAAGCGAGUCAACCUUUCUUGGAAGGAGGCAACAAAACCUGCGUCAUCUACCACACCAGCAACUGGAUCCAAACGAUCUUCUGGUUCUACUAAUGGAUCCAACAAUAUUCCAUCAAAGAAGGGUCGAGGAGGUGGUGGCGGUUUGCCAAAUCAGCUUGUCAAUAGAGCGCUGGAAGGAUUAUCUGGUGGUGGAAGGGGUGGUCCAAGGGGCAGAGGCAGGGGCUGGGGUGGUCGAGAAAGAGGAAGAGGAAGAGGAAGAGGAGGAGGAAGAGGAGGGUAUCGGUAACUUUCUUGUGGUGACAUAGAUCACAUUGGAUUUCAGGUGACUACGAAUAGGGCCUGUUAAAUGUACUAAAAUUCUUUGUCAGAGGAAGUUUUGAUUAUAGUGGAGGAUCAGAGUUUACAUUAGUUGUACUUUGUCGGAAGCUUGUUUAUGUAACGUGCCGACUUGUUGAUCAUUUUUCCAAAUCCAUUUGAUGCAAGCAGCAGGUGAGAACCACUUGAAGAAACUUCUUAUGCCCCUUGGUAUGUAUUGCAUGUAAUUUAAUGACAAUUUAUUUCAAAACCACGACUGUCUAGUAGAAUCAGUUUCAACCUAUGUCAAAUUAUAAUUGGUAAGGUUCUUUAGCACAAUGAUCGGAAUGCAUUCUCUCCUACCGAUUAUAAGCAAUUUCCAAGUUCAUACCCUUGACCUAAUUUGUUAGGUAGGAUAAAAUUUAGGUAAUGUUCCUUAGAUAUUUGUAAUAUUUUUCUCAAUUAAAUGUGCGGAUGUCGUGCUUUCA